ACUAUUAUAUCACCCACAAUGCGUCACGUGCCUAGCGUGGACCAAUCACACGGUGUUUGACGUCAGGGGGCGUUUAUUGCUUCUGACGUUUUGCGACUUAGCUACAGAGGUUAAGGUCGCUGCGCAGCCAAAUGUUGUCCUCCGUUAUUGCGAAAAGACUGAUGACAGGGAUCUGCCAGACAGCAUGGAGACCUGUGGUCACUGGUCUGGUCCCGACCUGUUGUUAUCGUGGCGAUGCACCUGAUGAUACCAGGACUGACCUGAUUGAAAUACCGUUGCCCCCCUGGGAGGACAAGCCUGGAGAGCCCAUUGACAUCAAGAGACGGCGCCUGCUGUACGAGAGCCGUAAAAGGGGCAUGUUGGAGAACUGCAUACUGCUCAGCCUUUUUGCCAAGCGAUACUUGAAUACGAUGAGUGAGAUCCAGCUGCAGCAGUAUGACAGAAUAAUCAAUGAACCCAGCAAUGACUGGGACAUCUACUACUGGGCAACAGAGGCUCAGCCCACACCAGACAUUUACCAAGGAGAGGUCAUGGAGAUGCUAAAGGAGUUCACAAAGAAUCGCAAUCAGGAGCAGAGGUUGGAUGCCCCCAGUUUGGAAUACCUAGAAAAAGAAGGUUAACGUGGAUGAGCAAUCAGACAGUUGUGUUCAAUUUAUUGUGGGCCACAAUACAGUGAUAACAUUUUAUUCUUGUUAUAGAAGUGCAUUGCUGAUAAAGCAUCACUAUGUGAGAUACAUUUUGUUAAGAUGGAUUUAAGUUAUGAUCCUAGGCAGCACAACAUUCAUUUUGCCUAGGAUUGAAACAAUCUUGUUUUUUGUGCUGCAGUUAUGAUGUGACCAUCACAAGAAUGUUAUUUCAUCAAUAUUGA